AUGGAAGUUGAUUUAGAACAUCUUCUUGAUUCUCAAUUCAAUAGAAUGAAAGAAUAUGAAGAAGAAUAUAACACACUAUGUGUAAGGAUUGAUAAAAUUGAAACACAAAGAGAGGGUAUGAGUAAAAUCAUUAUUGGAAUAAUUUCUGAUGAAACAAAAGAAAUAGUCUCUGAGAUUAGAUGUAUAGAAAUACCAGAAAGUAUUAUAUUAAAUAACAAUGAACACGAAUAUGAAAAGAAGAGUCUCUGUAUUUUUUGUAUUAAUGAAGAAGUGAAAAACAAAGGACUUUUUAUUAACAAAUAUAAUAUUGAGUCAAUAGGAAUAAUUCCAAUGAAUGAAAUUAUUUGUGGAAGAACAAAGAUUGAUACUAUUCCAAUUAGAAAUGUGAGUAGUAAACAAAAUACAAUCAAAGAAGUGAUUGAAGAAGAGGAGAUAAAACAAGUCAAAUGCCAAAUUGAAAUAUUUGUAGGAGGAUCAGACAAUGAGUUGAUAAGUUUUGAACAUCAUGAAGUUGGAACAAUACAGCAAUACAAUGAUGAACAAUAUAUUAUAUUUGUUAAAAAGAUAGAAGGAAUUAAAAAAAUAAAACAUGGAAUCAUUGAAAUUGAAAGUGAUAGAAAUAUGAAAAUUAACAAAGAAGAGACUAAAAAGAUUAAAACAACAAUAGAAUCCAAUCAAGUUAUGAUAAUGUUCAAAACAAACAAAGAAAAUAAGAUAAUCCAUCUUUUGUUUAAUAACAAAGGAGAAGAAUAUAAAGGGGUUAUUAAUCUUACAAUGACACAAUGUAAUAAAGAAGAGAGAAUAAUAAUGGGAUAUAAAAAAGAAAAAAGAAUUUGUAUUGUGUAUCUUGUUGUAGGAAAUUGUACACAAAAAGUUAAUUGUUUUGAAAUAGUUAAAUCUAAUGAAAAUGAAUUAAACAAACUCUCCAAUUGUCAAUACAAAAAUAAUGGAUAUGAAAUUGUGUUAUUUUUUCUCUCUCAAACAUUAAUAACAAAUGAUAUAAUAAAUAUACAUAAAUUAGCAUUUAUUAUAUCAAAAUUAACUUCUAUUUCGUUUUUAUUAUCUCAAAAAAUCAUCUCUCAUGUAAUUGCAACAAUUAUACAAAAGAAUGAAUGGAAAAUAGAUCUUUUUAUACAAAUCAUUACUAAAUAUAUAGAAAAACUCCAAACAAAUUCUCAUUUUAGUUUAGACCCAGAACGUUAUAUCAUAGGAAUUGGAUUUUUUAUUAAUAUGACUUUACUUGCAUUAGACCAAGAAGAUUUAACUAAAUAUGACGAGUCAAAUAUUCAACAAACACUAAUUAGUCUCAUUAAUACACUUAUUGUCUUUAAACGACAUUGUAAUGAAUAUCAGUGUUUUAGAGGUGUAAGUUAUCAAAUUGGGAGAUUAAUUAAUAAAACAAACACUCUAAUCAAUGAAGGAGAAGUGCAACAAAAUAGUCCUCAAUUUGAACUAUCAGAAUCUUUUAACCAAUUUAUCAAUAACCAAGAGUUUUACAAAGGAAUUUUCUCAAUAAAAACACAAAACGAAGUUAUAUCUAAAAAGUUUUUACAUUAUUGGAAAUAUAUUCUUGAAUCAUUAAAAGGAAUGAAAAGAACAAAUUAUACAAUUAUUUUCUUAUUUUAUAAUAAAGGAUUUGUCAAUGGAAUGAAUAAUAACAUAAAAGAGAUGUGUAUUAAAGAAUAUUUGAAAGAAAGUAUGAAUAUUCUAGAAUGGCAAAACAAGGGAGAAGAAUGGGAACAUAUUAUCUUUUAUUGUUGUUUUUUGAUGAUGAUUCAGAAUAACAAAAUAAUGAAGAAUGAAGAAGAAGAAGAGAAAAUGGCAUAUACAAUGAAAUUUAUUCUGAAGCGGUAUCAACAAAUUGGGAGAGAUAUAAACAUGGUAGAAGGAAUAAGAAAUAUAAUAUUUCAAGGAACAGAAAUAGAUGUUGAUAGAAUGAUAAUGAAAGAAAAAAUUAAAGAAACAAGAACAAUAAGAGAUAGAGAAAGAAAGAAAAUAGAAAUAAACAAGAACUAUAAUCAACCAUAUAAAACAGAAAAAGAAAAGAAAGAAGAAGAGAAUCAAAACGAGAUAAAAGAAGAAAUAAUAGAAGAAACUGAAGGAAAUGUUGGACCUUCAAUGAAAAUGACAAAAUUACUUAAAGAAAUUUAUAUUGAAAAUGGAAAAAUAAUCAUUCAAGAAGUUAGUAAUGUAUUGAAAGAAAAUAAAGAAAGAAUUGAAAUAAAAGAAAAAUAUAUUGAUAUAAUGGUAAAUCUUUUAUUCUAUGUUCCAAUGACAAAUGAUUAUUUAUCUAAUCUCUUUAAUGGAAUAGAUAAAAUAUUAAUAAACCAAAAUAUAGACUAUUUGAAAGUAAAAAUAUUUUCAUUUCCUUUAAUUAGAAAUAUCAUAAAAAUGAUGAAUGAUAAAGAAAUUACAAUUAGAGAGAAAUGUUAUACAUAUUAUAAAAGAAUCAUUGAAAUAGAUUAUAAAUAUCAUAAAACACUUUCAAUUACAUCAUAUUAUUCAAUUACAGCAAUCACAGAACUUCAACUAAAAGAAAGUAUAUUAUUAGAAGAAACACUAGAAACAGAAAUAGAAAAUAAACAAGAAAAGUGUUUGUAUGAAAAUGAUAUGAAUAAACUUGUCUUUCAAAUUAAAGAAAUUUUAAGUGUUUCACAUGAAUUAAUUAAAAUGGAUAAAUAUAAAACAGAUAUGAAUCUUAUUCAAGAAAAAUAUGUUCAAAUUGCAAAGAAAUAUCAAAAAUAUCCAAGACUAUAUUAUACAUGGAUUGACAAACUUGUUCAAACACAAGAACGAUGUGGGAAUUAUAUUGAAGCAGGAAUUUCAAUGAAUAAAAUUAUUGAAAUAAUAUGGUAUUGUAUCAAACCAAUAAAUCAAGAAAUAAUUGAAAUAAAUAAAAUACCAUUUCAUAUAAAAAUAAAUGAAAAUGAAAUAGAAAUUGAUGGAAAUGAUAGAGAAUAUCCAUUUAAUGAAAGUGGAUUUGAAAGAAGUAUAAAUAAAAGUAUUGAAUAUUUUACAGAAGGAAAGAUGUAUGAAUAUAGUAUAAAAAUGAAUGAAAUAUUAAUUGAAUAUUAUAAAUACAAAGAAGAAAUGAAUAAAGUUUCAAAAUGUUAUUUGAAAAUGGCAGAAUUAUAUAAAAUGAAAAAUGAUAAAAGUCUUAUGUAUAUUGGAGAAUAUUAUUUUGUUAAAUUUAUAGGAAUAGAAUGGGGUGAAUUGGAAAAUAAAGAAUAUAUUUAUCGAUCAGAAUUACGAAUUGGAGAUGCAAUUACACAAAUGACAAAAUCACUUGGUGUUACAGUGAACGGGAGUAUUACAAUAAUCGAUCAAAAUAAAGAUAUUAAAGAACUUCCAAGUGAUACAUCAUUUAUUCAAAUAGGAACUGUUAAGAAACUAGAAGAGAAAGAUAAAACAAACACAUUUAUAUCUGAAAUACCUAUCAUUAAAACUAAAGAUAAAAAGAAUAUUACUAUAAAAGAUAUAUGGAAGAAAAAACUUAUUAUUACAACAGAAGACUCUCUCCCAUCAGAAUUGAUAAGACAAAAAAUUAUUCAUAUUGAAGAAUAUCUUUGUACACCAAUUGAAUGUUGUAUUGACGAUGUAAUGAAUAAGAAAAAACAACUUAUUUCACAAAUUAAUAUCUCAACCAAAAGAAACAAUCCAACUACAACUCUCUUAUCUCUUUUACAAGGAUCAUUAAUUCCUCAAGUGAAUGGUGGAAUUAUUGAAUAUUUUGAAAUGAUCAAAAGUACUAAUUUUAAUAAAGAACAUCGAGAACAAUUAUUGAAAGAAAUAUCUUCAUUUCUUGAUUUAUGUAAUGAAGGUUUACAUCUUCAUGAAACAAUGUUAAACAAGAAAUAUUUACAACUUCAUUUAAAAAUGAAAGAUGGCUUGCAUUCUCUCUAUUCAAUCUUGAAUUCUCUCACUAUUACUGUUUAA